AUCUAGUGUGCGUGUGCGUGAGAAAACGUAAACAAAAACAAAGCAUUCCUCCUCACGGCGACAAAUUCCUUCACAAAACACGGAAAAAAGCCCGUAAAAGUGCUCAUCUUACAAAUAGUUGAAGAAUCGAUAAGUUCCCUAAGUGGAGGCAUGUGCAGAGGGUUUCUAUUGACUUCAGCGUGACUUGCAUUCAAGUCAAUUGGGGAAGUUCACCAUGGAUUCCGGGGCAAGGCAGAAGAAUCUCAGGAAAAAGCUCGAUCUCUUGGGCUUCCGGCAACCACUUCCCGCUUCUGGAGUUGGUCUGGUGUCUGCUCUGUUGGAAGAUCUUAUGAAAACAACUGAAAGUCUGAAGCUGGCCAAGGAAGAGAUCAAUGAAUUGCUUCAGGAAAAGGAUGCCUGGCAGCUAGGAGUAGAGCCCUACAAGUGUGAUAACUCAAAAUUACUUGGUGAGUGUAAUAAACUCAAUUUAGACCUUAUCCGUCAGCGGGAUAAUUAUGAGAUUAAGAAAGGUGAAUUUGUGAGGAAAAUCCGUUCGUUGGAACUGGACAAGAGAUGUCUGGAGGAGCAAUGUGGAGAGUUGGGUGGACGUGUUAGGGAGUUGGAGAUGAAAUUUGUGUCUAAAGGGGAUCAAAAGUUCCAGAAAGAUGGUGCAAAUUUCAGUCGGAAACCAUUUAUUUCCACUGUGCGUUCCGGAACGCUCCUGCCCAACGCCAUGGAUGGGCAUUUGUGCGAAAAGGGUCCCUAUCGCGUGUGCAGUGUCUGUCCUAACUCUCGCCCUUGCGAUGGGAAUCGCUUCGAGGCGGAGAAGUUGCAGAAUGACAUUCAGAAUCGCGACGAUACCAUUGACGUUUUGAAGAAGCAGAUUGAAGCCAGAGAUCGAGAAGUUGAGCGUCUCGGUGCCCUGCUGAGUGGAGGGAGACCAAUAACUUCCCUGGCCAGAGAUUGCUGCUUCCGUGGUGUUGGUUCAAUGGCGGAGGACGUGGAACUUCUGCAGAAGCAAAAAUGUGAUCUCAGGCGGGAAUUGAAUGAAGCCAUCUCGGCACAGCAUGAAGCCAUGCAGAGGGCCAUGCGUCUGGCAGAGAGGAAUGCCGCCGUGGAGCAGGAGUACCGUGAACUGGAAAAAACUGCCCUAGACCUAGAAACAAAAGCCAAUGGGAUGAUGAAUGAAAAAGAUCAAGAGAAUGCUCUGCUCAAACGGCGAAUUGCUGAUCUUCAGAAUACAAUUCAGAGCCUCAAGUCGGAUCUGGAGAGACUCCAAAUGGGUGAAGUGACAGAUUCUGUCAGGGAGAAACUCGUGCAGGCUCUGAAGAAGGAAAAAACCCUCCAGAUGACAAUUGAAAAGCUCCAGAAGAAGAAUACAAAGCUGAAAGCUAAAGUUUCUGAUCCAAAAUCUUCAGAUUCCAGCAGAGAUGAGACAAGGGACAGGGAAUUGAGUCUCACGAAGCAAGAACUUGAGUGUCUGAAGCGAGAAUUUACCACGCUGCAGGACAAAUUGAGGAAUAACAGUGACAUAAAGGACCUGAGAAUUAAGCUGAGUGAGAAAGAAUUGGAAAUUAGGAAUUUGCACCAUGAACUCAAUCAACUGAGGCAGGAGAAAAUGUCAAAUCUGGGAGAGAUUUGCUCAGCAAGAUCCCUAGGACAAUCAUCGGCGGCGCUGCGGCAAGAAAGGGAGAGGGAUAUCAUGCGUAGUGACCUUGAGAAGGUUCGAAUUGAAAGAGAUGCCCUCAGAGAUCGCUUGAAAAUGGCAACAGAGGCCCAAAUGGAGGAGCACCGAAGGUAUGAGGGACUCCUGGAAGAGAUCAAUGGUCGAAUUGGACGACUGGAAGCAGAAAAAACUGAACUUUUGAGCGCUCAAGGGCCUACUCAGAUCACAGUGACGCUGCUCAAGGAGGAACUAAAAGAGCUUCGUGGUCGCCUGAAGGAUCUUCAGGGCGAGAAUACCACCCUGAGAAACACGAACAAUCACCUGAAAAUCCUCAAUGAACAGACAGAAAAAGUCUUAGUGCAGAAUCACAAUAAACUUGUUCAUUCUGAAGCCCAGUUGGGAGAAACCUCAUCCAAACUAAAUUCCUUGGACGCCACCAGGGAACAACUGAGGCAAGAACUGGAAAUGCUCAAGCCUCAAGUGAAUCAACUGCGAUCCAGUGAAGUUCAACUGAUGAAUGAGAAAGAUAAUCUCGUGAUUGAGUUGGAUCAGAAGACAGAGAAAAUAUUUGGGCUAGAGCAGGAAAUUAAAAGGCUCAAAACAGACAAGAGGGAUCUCGAAAUGCUAGUAGAUCAACUCAGAAGACGCCUGGAUGAACUGAGGAAUGACAGUGAUCUCAAAGAGAAGCAGUAUCAUGACGUGGCCUGUGAAACGGGAACACUGAGAAGUCAGAUAGCAACGCUGAAAAGAAAUGCAGAUACUGCCAGGAGUGAGAAUGGACGACUCGUAGGAGAACUGACGGAUGCCUCAUCAGAACUCAAAAUUACCAGGCAGAAGCUAAAGGAGACCCAGAAGGAAGUUGAUGGACUGAGGAUACAACUGCAACAGUAUGUCCAGGAAGUGGAAAGGGCGGAAAAUCUCCUAGCCAGAAAGGAGCUUGAAAGGGAAGAAAUGCUGGAUCACUUUAAGUCUCUCUCGCAGGACACAAUAGCCCUGGAAGGGAACAAUCAGGCACUGGAAAUGAUGACGGCGGAAACAAAGAAAGCAUUGACAGAGUCUGAAGAUCGUGUAACUGCCUUGUUGGAUCAAUUAAAAUUGAGAGAAUCUGAAAUUCAGGAUUAUGAGAAGCAGGUCACUGUAUUAUCUUCUCAAGUAGCAUCUUUGGAGUCCGAAUUGGAUGAUUGUCAGGAAGAUAAGCGGAAACUUCAGGCGGAUCUUGAGGCAAUUCGGGAAUUGUGUUCGAAACUCGAUGAUCAGAAGGAUAAGCUCAAUGAGGAAGUGCGUGAGCUUACGUCAAUUCGAGCGGAUUUGGAGAAAGACUUGGAAAGGCUUCGCAGUGAAGUGGGCAGGAAAAUUGUGGAGGAAGAGGAGCCUACGAGGCAUCCUCUGGAGAGGGAUUUUGAACAGCAGAAACUUUUGAUUGUCAAUCUGAACCAAGAAGUGUCGCAUUUACGCGGAAAAGUGGCCCAGUUGGAGAUGGAAUUGAAGGAGGAACAUCGAAUUAGUUUAAAAAAUGAAAAUUUAGCCCAGGAAUAUCACACUCAGCUUCAGGAAGCCAGACAAACGCUCACAAAUGAACGAUAUGAGCGUACAAAAUUACAAGAAGAUACCGAUUCAAUCAGGUACCCUACACUUUAAUCGAGUUUUUGUUUAGGAUUUAGUUAUUAAAAUUUAUUAUUAUUGA